AUAGGAAAAGAGCUGCUGGAUCGGCGUGGUGUGGGUCUGUAGCCCUAGAGGAGAUGAACGGGAAGAGGCCGGCUGAGCCCACCCCAGGCGGGACUGGGAAGAAGAGAAAGAAGGAGGUCAUGGUGGAGUUUUCGAGUGCUGUCACGGAGGAAAUCUUGAAAAAGCAGGUGGCUGAGGCCUGGGGCCGCAGGACGCCGUUCAGUCACGAAGCCAUUGUCAUGCACAUGGACCCCUUUCUUCACUGCGUGAUCCCAAACUUCAUCCCAAGCCCAAACUUCUUGGAAGGGCUUCAGAAGGAACUUUUGAACUUGGACUUCCAUGAGAAGUAUAAUGAUUUGUAUAAGUUCCAACAGUCUGAUGAUCUGAAAAAGAGAAGAGAGCCUCACAUCUGUGCUUUAAGGAAAAUUCUGUUUGAAGAUUUCCGGGCGUGGCUUUCGGACAUUUCCAAGAUUGAUCUGGAGCCCACCAUUGACAUGUCCUGUGCUAAAUAUGAAUUCUCAGAUGCCCUGCUCUGCCACGACGACGAGCUGGAGGGGCGCCGGAUCGCCUUCAUCCUUUACCUGGUUCCCCCCUGGGACGGGAGCCUGGGCGGCACGCUGGACUUGUACAGCGUUGAUGAAUACUGUCAGCCGAAGCAGAUCGUCAAGUCGCUCACCCCUUCCUGGAACACGCUGGUUUUCUUUGAAGUGUCUCCAGUGUCCUUCCACCAGGUGUCUGAAGUCCUGUCCGAAGAAAAGUCACGUUUGUCUAUAAGCGGCUGGUUUCACGGCCCCUCGCUGGCCAGGCCCCCUGCCUACUUUGAGCCUCCCGUCCCUCGGAGCCCUCACGUCCCGCAAGACCAUGAAGUUCUGUGUGAGUGGAUCAACCCUACUUAUCUGGACGUGGGUCACCAAAUUCAAAUUCAAGAAGAGUUUGAGGAACAGUCUGAAAUCCUCCUGAAGGAUUUCCUUCAGCCUGAGAAAUUUGCAGAGGUCUGCGAGGCUUUGGAGAAAGGAGGGGUGAAGUGGAGCAGCCGAGGUCCCCCUAACAAAAGGUUUUACGAGAGAGCCGAGGAGAGCACGCUCCCCGAUGUACUGAGGGACUGCAUGAGGUUAUUCCGCUCCGAGGCGCUGUUCUUGCUGCUGUCCAACUUCACAGGCCUCCGGCUUCACUUCCUGGCCCCUUCAGAAGAAGGUGGGAUGGAGGACACAGCAGAGGGAGAAGCGGCCUCUGCUUCAGACAGCACUGACGAAGGGACGAGCGGUAGCUCCUUCGAGCCACAGGACAGUCAGGCUGCCAGCAGCAGCAGCAGCCGGCGGAGCAGUGAGCGGACAGACCCAGAGCCAGAGGAACAGGAAGCCGAGAAAGGACCCAGUAUCCCCACCUGCCAGGGGGAACUGAGGCGCUGGAAGACUGGUCACUACACUCUGAUCCAUGACAACGGCAAGACCGAGUUCGCCCUGGACUUAAUUCUCUACUGCGGCUGUGAAGGUUGGGAGCCGGAAUACGGCGGCUUUACCUCCUACAUUGCCAAAGGUGAAGACGAAGAGCUGCUAACUGUGAAUCCAGAAAACAAUUCUUUGGCAUUGGUCUACAGAGACAGAGAGACUCUUAAAUUUGUCAAGCACAUCAACCACCGGAGCCUAGAACAAAAGAAAACCUUCCCCAACAGAACCGGUUUCUGGGACUUCUCGUUCGUCUAUUACGAGUGACGGGGCUGGGCACAGCUGCAAGAGACCCUCCUCGGGCACUGGGGGGUCUGGGAGAGCUGGGCGUGGGGCAGAGGGGAGCUACAGCUGGCCUGGCUGGCACCGUCCCUAAAACUGCCCGCGGUUGUCCUCAGUCUGGACCUUGAACUUGGAGGUGUAUGUGUACUUCUCCCUUGAUUGAAAAGGUGUUUCUUUUUCUUCAGCAUUCGGUUCUUCCUUUUCCAUAUUGACCACUUCGGUGAUUUAAAGGUGCGGGGUUUUUUGUAAAAUGUGCAUGACAUAAACUGACCAUUGUAACCA